AUGGCGAUACGAGGCAUUUUCCUGUUCUUUUCAGAAAAGAUAUCUCAAAGUCCAUUAGAACCAUAUGACAGUAAAUCUCAUGUAGAAAAAGUCUCGAACUUGAAGGAUAACUUCAAAAAACGUUUCAAGGAUUUCAACGAAAUCGCUAUAGUGGCGAAAUUUGUUGUUUCACCCUUCAUGGAAAUUGAUAUCCAACAGUUUGUAACUUCUGUUACGCAGAAUUUUAGCGAAGACAUCGCUGCGACAGAAAUAGAAGUGAUUGCGUUUCAAAAUGAUUUAGCUUUAAAAUCAUUAGUCUCAAAUACAAAAUGUAUCUGGCCUUCAGCAAGUAAAGAUAAAUAUUCUGUCGUGUUGCAUUGA